AUGCGUCUCAUCUCACCCUCUUUGCUGGCUUCGCUCGCCCUCGCUGCUCCCUAUGUCAGCGGUCAGGCCUGUUCCAAGCAUCAAUCAUGGAACAUUUCCGAACUCGCGAUAUUCACCGCCGCCCCGGGCAGCGAAUCCAGCGACUUGAUCGACUUCGCCGUGGUGGAUCCGUUGGUCGACUACCAUGUGAACCCGUCGGAAAGCUGGAAUUACUUCUGUCAGCGAGAACUGCCGGCUGGGAACGCGGGAUCCCUCGCCGAUCCUGUCGAUUACUACACUUGCAUCGGUUCGCCGACGCAGUUCAAAUGGGACGGCGUGAGACUGUCUUUGAAGGAGGUUGUCGAGUGUGGAGGUAACAAUGUGACUGCAACGGGUACCAGCAAGCCCGUGUUCGCUACGGAUUGCUAUGCGACGGAUGCCAAUGGUGCUGAUGGGGAGUGGUGUCUGGCUACCUACGAUUUCAACAUCACUAUUACGUUUACUUGA